UUACAACUAGUACUAAGUACUCAUUUGGAAGUUGUAAAAUUUAAAAAUUCUAGUAUAAUUCAAUGCACUUCUUAAUUACAUGGACAGAACAGAUAUUUAGAUAUCCAUGAAAAAAUAGUCAGAAAAAGCUGAAAUUCAAGAUUUUUACCCAUAUUUUUUAUGUAGAUAAGACAACUCAACCAAAUAAAAAUGGCUAAAGACGCAACCAAGACCAAAAAACCUUGUCUGAUUACGUGCACGGGCAAGUGCAAUCCGUUUCGCGUAGGCAUGGAACCUAAACCCUGUUUAACCGGUGAACCAACAUGGAAAAAACUCGUAGAGUACUACGAUAAAAAGGGUAGUAAAUUUCAUAUCAGGGAUUUGUUCGAAAAAGAUGCCUGCAGAUUCGCGAGGCACAGUUUGAAAUUAAGCACUCCAAACGAUGGCGAUAUCCUCAUUGAUUACUCAAAGAACCGUAUCGAUGAAGAAGGCCUGAAGUUGUUCUUCCAGUUGUGCAAAGAUAGAAAACUUAUAGAGGCGCGACAAUGCAUAAUGAAAGGGGCCAAGAUGAAUUUUACGGAAGGCCGACAGGUGCUUCAUUCUGCCUUAAGAAACAGAGACCCAGAAAAUAACCCAAUCAUAGUUAAUGGCAACGAUAUCAUGCCGGAUAUAUAUGAAGUUUUGAACCAUAUGCAUGAGUUUUCUGAACAGGUCAUUAGUGGAGAAUGGAAAGGUUAUUCAGGUCAAGAGAUAACUGACAUAGUCAAUAUUGGUAUUGGAGGUUCUGAUCUAGGACCUCUUAUGGUUACAGAAGCUUUGAAACCUUAUGCCACUAGAUUGAAAUGUCACUUCGUAUCCAAUGUAGAUGGCACCCAUAUAGCUGAAGUUCUUAAGGAACUAAAUCCCGAAACAACUUUGUUCAUUGUUGCUUCAAAGACUUUUACAACUCAAGAAACUAUCACCAAUGCUAACACUGCCAAGGAUUGGUUCAUGGAGACAGCAGGAGAUGAGGGAGCUAUUGCCAAAAAUUUUGUGGCAUUGAGUACGAAUGCCGAGAAAGUCAAGGAGUUUGGAAUAGACGAGGCUAACAUGUUUGGCUUUUGGGAUUGGGUUGGUGGUAGGUACUCCCUUUGGUCUGCCAUUGGUUUGAGUAUUUGUUUGGCUAUUGGCUUUCAAAACUUCGAGAGGCUCCUGGAUGGCGCUUUCUUUAUGGAUCAGCAUUUUGUUAAUGAACCACUUGAGAAGAAUGCUCCAGUCAUCCUUGCUUGUCUUGGUAUCUGGUAUACUAACUUUUUUGGAGCUGAAACCCAUGCCUUAUUACCUUAUGAUCAAUAUCUUCACCGAUUUGCUGCCUACUUCCAGCAAGGUGAUAUGGAAAGUAAUGGAAAGCAUAUAACAAAAGCCGGAAAUGCUGUGAAUUAUCACACUGGUCCCAUAGUUUGGGGUGAGCCUGGCACCAAUGGCCAACAUGCAUUCUACCAGUUAAUCCAUCAAGGAACCCGUCUGGUACCAGCAGACUUUAUAAUGCCCGUAAGAACCUUUAAUCCUAUCGGAAACCAUCACACACUCCUUUUAUCGAACUUCUUGGCCCAAACAGAAGCUCUCAUGAAAGGUAAAACUGAAGAGGAGGCUAAGAAAGAACUUGAAGCGACUAAAAUGAGAACUGAUGAGUUGAGAAAAUUGCUACCUCACAAAACUUUCGAGGGCAACAGGCCUACCAAUAGUAUAAUGGUUAGAAAGUUCACUCCUUUCACCUUAGGUGCCUUAAUUGCUAUGUAUGAGCACAAGAUCUUCGUUCAGGGUAUCAUUUGGGAUAUCAACUCUUAUGAUCAGUAUGGCGUUGAGCUAGGAAAACAAUUGGCAAAGGUUAUUGAGCCCGAACUUUCGAAUGAUGAUGAAAUUACUACCCACGAUUCAUCCACCAAUGGAUUAAUAGGUUUCAUCAAAGAAAAUAGGCUGAAAGAAGGGGAAGUGGAUGAGGAAGAUGAAUUGCUACAUGAUGGAGGAGGGGGAGGAGGAGGAGAUGAAGCAGGAGGUCCUGCCGAAGGAGAAGAAGCUUAGUGAAAUUUACAUAAUUUUUGUAUAUUAUUCAUGUUCCAAGAAACCAUUUAUUUUUUAUGAGAAAUAUACUGCUUACUAUAG